AUGGACGGCAUUUGUCGUACUUUGUCAAUCCACUGCAAGUGCAGCUUCUUCCAAGACAUGCCUGUUGCGGCUCUCGAUCUGUAUCUCUUAUUUCUUACGACCAACACUCUUGAGCGCCGCCCGGGUUUCCCUAGCUACACAUGGGCUGGUUGGCGGAUGGUGGAUCCUGCAAUAAAGAAGAGUGAUUGGCUCUCCAACCAUCCAUGGAUCAUUUGGUACAAAUAUGAGCCACUGAACGGAGCAGUCUCACUCGUGUGGGAUAUCAACCAAGAACCCGCUUUCCUCGAGGCGACGGCGGAUGACGUAGGGUACCGUAGUAGACGAGUAUUCCGACCCGGACGAGUUACUGUUGACCAUACUCAAUAUCCGUACCCGCUUCUGCAAUGUUGA